AUUCACACUAUACGCAACAUUUUUUUUUUGCCCAUAUCCAUAACGGAUUGUUCAUCCCCUCCGUCUCCGUCCGAGAAGUAGCUCGCCAAGUCGCCCAAUUCACUGUGUCUUCUCACCCAAGGUACCCAGAUAUCCUCGCAAAAAUCCCGCGCCUCGCAUCCUUAUAACGAGUCCCCCACCUUCUUUUCUACACCGCCAUCACACGCAGCAGCAGCGCACAGAGGGAGAGAGCUCGUGGGAAUGGAUGGACCGCGGCUUGAGCGGAUGGCGCUGAUGGUGCCGGAAAUUCUCCUGGUCGUCGCCACCUCGGAAGGGGUCCUCACCAGCAUCGAGCGCGCCUUCAGCCUGUUCGAGGAGGACGCCUCCGAUUCGAGCUCGAGCAGCACUGAUGGCAGCGAGGACAGCUUCGACUUCGAUGUCCUCGUGGAGAGCACGUACAACCCCGGCAGCGGCGACGCCGGCGAGCACAGUUUUGACUUUGAGUUCUCCGUGGAUAGCAGUGGCGAGGCCAGCUUCGGCCCUGGGGCCCCCUUGGAUACCACCGGUGACGAGCAGUACCAGUACACCUUCCUCGUCCCCAUGGACACCAGCGGCAAUGUCGAACACGCUGACGACCACGGGGAGGCCAGCAAUGUCACCCCUGACCACGAGUGGCACAAGGCCGGCAGCAUCGACUACUGGGCCGACACCCUCGCCAGCGCGCUCGCCCCCGACGGGCUCCUCACCUCCGCCCACCGCGAGAUCACGCGCCUCGUCACGCUCCACGGAGUGGCCGUCCGCUUGCUGAACCUCUGCGUCUCCCCGCAUGGCGACGAGGCGGCGUGGAAGAGGUGGAGGGGGCACCGCGAGGCCGUCGUCCUCCGUGCCCACGACGCGCUACUGAAGCUGAGCUCUGCCACGUCGGCCACCGCCGCGGCCGAGGACUUCCUCCGCCUGAGAUCCGUCUUGUCCCCUCACCGGAGCGAUUGGCCAUCGGAGGCGAAGCGGCUCGUGUGCGACGCCAGGCGCGACGUCGACGAGGCGUGGGACGCGGUGAUGCUGAUGCGCGACGCCGCGGCGCGUCAGUUCUUCGAGACCUGGAUGAUCCUGAAAGCAUCGCAGCCGCUGCAGCGCAGGCCAGUCGCUUAUCGAAUCGACCCCCUCUAUUAGUUUUUCUGCUAGUGCAAUGCUGCAAUCCCCCAGGCCCCAGGAUAUCCAAUCCUACCGACUCACUGAUUAGCUUCCUGUCGGUGGAUUUCACGGAGGAAUUCGUCCUUUCUUCUCUGUAAAACAUGAUCAUUUGAUUCGCUGGUCAACUUUUGCUUGAACAAAUUUUGUUAGGAUAUAUCA